ACACGUCAUUUAUUGAUGACUUAUAUCAAUCACACAUUACAUCAUUCCCUUAUCUUUUUCUCUUUUUUUUUAUUAUUAUUUUCAAUUUUUUUUCAGUUUUUUUUUUAAAAUAAAACUUCCAUAGCUGAACUCUUCUCCUUCUCCUGUGCCAAAGAAAAGUUCUAAAAUAGGGUUGAAAUCUGUAGCUAAUAGGAAUAAGGGCAAACGUCCUGUUGUUCAAGACGAUGAUUCCGAUUUUUCUCCUCAAUUGUCGAAACGUGAGCGAGCUCUUCCUAAAAAGAAAUCAAAGGUUGGUGCCCAUGAAAAAAUUUCUCAUGCUCCUGCUCAAAAAAAUGAUUAGGAUGGUGCUCCUCUUCGAUCACAUGUUUGUUUUCGGUUUCUUUUUGGUUUUCUCCCAUUUUUGAAAUUUUUUCAUAUUCAACUUUUGUGGGCUUUGUGUUUAUUGAUUUCUCAUUUUGUAAUAGUUUUUCAUAGUUUUUUAAUAGUGUAAACACCUUUUGUAUGUAUUUUUUUUGAUAUAUUUUUUAUCGAGUUGUUUCCUGUCCAUUUUUAUAUCAUCAAUGGGUAACAAUGAGAUUUAUCAUGGAUGUUCAAAGAGUUUUUCCUGUAUUUUAGUUUGUAUACAAUUGUUUUGUAGGUUUAUUAUAGUUUUGCUACUUGCAUAUGUUAUUUCAUUAUAAAACGAAUAUGCAACUAUUUGCACAAAACUUACUAUGUAUAACUGCUAUUUCUUAGUCCCCGUCAAAUUAAAUUCCUGCAUAAUAUAUAAACUAUCAUAAAACGAUAAUGCAACUAUAAGGCAACCAAAACAAAAAAUAAACAGACUUAUACGUAACUGGUUGUACUUUAAUUCGAAUUUACUCUAUUGUGUUUUUUAAAAAAUAUAUUCCAUAUUGGAAACCAGUAAUCAAUCAAAAUGUAACUGUAUAUAACGUAGAUAUAUUAUUCAUGAGGUUUUUUUUAAAAAAAUUUCACAUCAUACAUUGUUUUGGAUUUGGUGGGAGCUCCAGAUCUGUUUGUUACAGAUCUACAGUUCAUGAAUCUGGAUUUCGAUAUUAGGGGGAGUUGUUUUGAUCGAAUAAAACAGAAAAACAAAUGAGUAAUUUCAGUUUCUUCACAGUUUUUCUGAUUUUUUUUCGUCAUUUUCUGUUUAGAUCAUUGCAGGUCUUCUUUUCCAGUUGAUUUUGCCGUAAUUAAUGGUUGUAUUUCCCUCGUUUUUGUUUCAUUUUGGUUGUUUUCCUGUUUUGAAAUGAUCGAUGUAUUUUCAUCUUCACCGUUCGCUCCGUGCAACUGAAGGUUUAGUGCAUGUGGUAUUUUUGUAAAUAUUUGUAUGUGGACUGUAUAAAUGUUUAAUGGGCCGGCCCAUAGUAUUUUUGUAAUAUUUUUUCCUUUUUUGUAUUUUUUUGUUUUUUUCCCUAUAAAAUAUGAUGAUGUACUGUAUUUUAAUGUGCCAAAUAAGAACGCAAUUAAAAGUAGGGGAAGUACCACAUAUAUUGUUUUUUUAAUUUUUUUUUUUUAUAAAUUUACGGUUCGAGUUUCUAAAGUGGUUGCAGCGCUAGUUGCAAUAGAGAUUUCCAUACGAUUUUUUGUCGCAAUUUAAGUUGCAGCGCUAGUUGCAAUAGGAUUUCUAUGUGAAAUUCCGUAAAAUUGUAAAAAAAAAAAAAUAUUUUAAGUGUAAAAAUGAAUAAGCGCGUAAAAAGUAGUAUGGAAGAAACAAGAAAUGUGUCGUGAAGCCCACCUUAAAAGGAGAAGUUUUGAAAUUUACAUCCACUUGUCUUGGAUUUGGAACACUGGUUUUUGUGCUUUGUGUAUAAUUCUAUCUUUCUCUCUCUCUCUCUCCGGGUUUUCUCUAAUUCAAGAUUCAUAUAUAUAUAAAUGUAUGCCAAUACAAAGCAAAUGUAUUAAAAUCUCUUAAGAUUUAUACAUCCUUAAUGGAGCUGGUAAUAAUGGCACUCAUUACUUUAUCAUGUAUUUUCCUCUCGGCUUUUUUAACUCCCUGUGCUUCCUUACCAAUAAUUCACACUCAAUCCUCACAUAAACAAGAGCAGGCUCCUCUAGUACAUGUACAUGCAUUAAUGCCGUUGCCCUGGAAGCUUGGUUUUCCUACUGAAGAAGUUAAUGCCAUGGUCAUAGGACGACGAGCAAUACUCUCUGCCUCCAUGUCUAAUAACAACAGAAGGAAACAGAAGGAAAAUUUCUCAGGGAAGGGUGUGAAAAAUAAAGUAGUAAGGCACAGAAGCAGAGGGACAUGGCGAGAGUGGGUAGAAGGGAGUGAUACAUCUGGAGAUUACUUUACAAUGGAUUAUACCAGGGUCAGACGACGUCGUCCCAUACACAACAAGUCAAUCCCAGUCAUUCGUCCAUGAAACCAGGAUAUAUCAUAUCAUAUGGACACAGUUUUGCACAGAGUACGUAAUGUGUACGUUGUCGUCGUUUUUCUUUUUUGGAGAGAAAAAGAAAAGUAUAGUAUCUCGUUUGUAACUAUAACUAGCUAGGUAGCUAGUAAAACAAAACGAGGAAUAUCAAUUAAUUAUAGUUACGUGGCUGGGUUUAAAUUAUGGCCGACAUGUUCCGGGGCAAUGCUCAAAGAUUAGCGCUAUAUAUAUAUUGACAUAUAACUUUGACUCAACCGAAUCCCCUUUUGUAUGUCGGCUUCUCUUUGUUUUCUUUCUUUAUUAAUUAAUUAAUUAUGCAAGUUUUAUUUGAA